AUCACAUAUAAGUGUCUAUAUGUGCUAAAUUUAUUUUUAUCGUUUCGUAUACAGACUUUUCCAUUAUCAAAUUGAACACGAGUAUAUUAUUAAAUAAGCGAGGAAGCCAAUUUCACCUCGCAUUUUGUUGGCAAGCGUCCUAUCGCUCUCACAAUUUUACGAUCUGCGAUAUUUUCGGCAUGUUAUUGUCAAGUUGAAGACAACAUUAUCGGAUUAAUAUAGUUCAUUGAAAACAAUUUUUUAUGAUAAUCACAUGAGUCCGGUUGCUUACAUUAUAUAUUGGUGUGAAUGUGCGAGCGGAAAAAUAUAUAAACUAAAAAAUAAUCAAAGGCAUAUCAUAGUCAACCAACGACUCCCGUUUUUAUGGACUAAACAUGGGUUAUGUCCAGUAUCUUGAACAACAAAAACGACUGAAACUUUCAAUUGAUAAAGUACUCAACAUACCACGGGAUGCAACGCCUGAAGAAAUAGGGAUUGCUUACAGAAAAAUGGCAAUAACAUAUCAUCCUCACCGGGAGAAGGAUUCAGAUAAUAUCUAUAAUCCCCCUGAAGGAAUAAGCGAAAUUAAUCAUUUACCAGCUUUACCGCCAUGUGUCCAGUGGGCCUAUGUUAAUCGUGCAUAUGAUGUGCUAUCAAAUCCUUUACGACGUGAAAUCUACGAUCGCUACGGUGAAGCAGGAUUACAAAAUGGCGUCCCUCUUCCUCACGGCUUCUUCCAACCAUACGAGUAUCACGGCGAUUACUUCAAGACAUAUUAUGAAGUUUUUGGUUCAUAUUCUCCUUACGCAGACGUCAUAGAAGCCGCCGUUAAUCCACCCCCUCUUUACUCUACCGAUCAUGGUAUCGGAGUUAAGAAAAAGGAUCCACCGGUUGAGAAGCUGCUUUACUUAGAUUUAAAGGAGGUUUUCUUUGGUGGAGUAAAACGUAUGCAAAUUCUGCGACAUGAAUUUGUUGACGCUGCUAAAACGAUAACUAAAAUUAGAGAGAAAUUUUUAGUCAUUCCUAUUGCUCCUGGCAUUCUACCUGGAACGAAAAUUACAUUUCCAGAAGAAGGUGAUCAAGGACCAGGUCGAAUUCCCGCCGAUAUAAUAUUUAUAAUAGCCGAUAGGCCUCAUGACAUAUUCUAUAGGCGUGGGUCAGAUUUGUACAUGGAUUACGAAAUCGAACUUAAGGAUGCAUUAUGCGGUACAAACCUGCUAAUCAAUACAAUUGACGAGAGGAAGCUGUUCAUCUCAAUAUCAGAUGUAAUACAUCCUCAAUACAUCCGCGAAAUGAAGGGUGAAGGACUCCCCAAACCCACUGCCAAUGAGAAGAAAGGCAAUUUGUACAUUCGGUUCGAUAUUAAAUUUCCAACACUCGUUCCAAAAACUAUGAAAGCUGAUGUUGCGAAGUUAUUCUUACAAAUUCGUGAAGAGGAAAAAAAGGAUAAUGCGGUAAUGGCUAAUCGACGUAUGCUUGGAUCAUUGAAAAAGCAGUCUUUGGCCUUCGACGAAAAGGAGGAAUACAGAAAUGUUUAAGCAAAGUCCUUAUCACUUGAUGUGAAGAAACUUCUUAGCUGUUAAACUUUUUAUGAUUGAAAUUGAAAUAUUAGAAAAGAAUGUUAGGUUUAGAAUGUCUCCUCCUAUUUUAAACAUAUUUUUUGCCCUUCUGAUUUUAUUUGCUAUGAAUUAUCUCUACCUCAUUAAUGGCCCGACAUACCAAGUCGGUCCUCUCCCAGUUUAAGUUAUAUGUUAUGAUCAGAUUCAAAUUAGAAAAAGUAUUGUUCAAUAAAUUUCUUUUGAAUUUAUGAUGAUUUACCAUCAAAAG